CGGUGCAAUUGUCUAUAGUCUAUAGUGUACGUUCAACGACAAUGCGAAUUUUUGAUUGACAAUUCGGUGACUUGAGUACAUAAAUUUUGAAUUCUAAGUCAGUGUCCGUUGAGCAGCCUUUGUAUUCUACGCAGAUAAUGAAUCUCUGACAGUCGGGAAGCUGCAGCUGAAUCCCUGCUCCCAGACCCAUGGGGACCUUCCUCGGAUUCCCCAUACACCAACCGGAGUAUGCCAUGCGAUUGACGCGUGGUCUGUAUGAUCCCUUUGUUGUGGAUGUACUGGGAGAUGCAGGUGAAUUCAUGCGAGGAUACGUCUGCGAUGUGAACGCACACGGCCUUUAUGUUAAACUAGAUGGCCAAACAGUGCAGCAUAUUCCGUUUGGUCGCGCAUGGAGCGUGAAGGAAGAAGAACCCGAAGAAUUACCUAGCCGCUUGAAUUCGGGCGAUAUUGACGUCCGCAUCGCCCUCCGGGACGGCGGCGUACCGUCUUGGACACCAGCUGGGUUGAUUGACAGCGUUUGUUGUGCGGGUAUGGAAGGGAACAAUUCCGUGUCCAGUUGUUUUCAGUUUUCCAUAGCCACGGUGGAGGUCAUCCAGCCGGAUUCCACGCCGGCUCGCUACACCAUUAUCGAUGGACCAACAGCGAUGACACAGAGGAUCCGCAAGCGCGGAUGCCUCGGCCCACUGGUACCACGGGAUGCGUUUGAAAAAGCGCACGUGUUGAUGUUCGACGCGUCCGUACAGUAUCCGCAUUCAGUCCGCUGGCUCAGAACAGCAUGUUCGUCUCCACGAUUUUCUGAUUUCUGGCUGAGAAAAACUAGCGGGAUGCUACUCAGUGUUCACGAUGAGUAUGUAGAAGUGCUGCUCUCCCCUGAAUAUCCCAAGUCAGUGGGGAAGGAAGACGACGGGGUCGACGAUGAGCGCUGCUGUCCAGUGGAGAAAUGGAUAGUGGAUUUUGUGGAACGCUUGCUAAUUAUCCAGCGCUCGACCGUCGACCAGAUACUGAAUGGCUUGAGCUGCACUGUUCAGCAUUGUAAAGAGAUUCGAGAUGAUGAGCCGUGCUUCUGCAAUCUAUUCUUGGAAAUUCAAGUCGUCGUCUUUUCAUAUCUGGACAUAUUCCACCAAAAUUUCAUCAAGAGGGUAAGUAGGACAUUUCUUCACCUGUUAAACACCAGCAUGAUCCAGUCGUGCGCCAUUGUGCCAACGCGUCCUGACUACGAUACGAUGAAUCCUGACAAGGGAUCAGUGUACAGUACGUGGAUUUGGAAGGGAAAUUUUGCCUGCGCCCAUUACCUGGCGCGAACUGUUACAAACCAGUGCCGUACCUUGUAUCUAUGCGGAAAGUGGGAAUUCUGCUUGUUUUCUAUGGUCGAGUUAUUCAAUUUCUUGUCGCUGAAGCUUCAGUGGUUGGUCGUCACUGACAAUACGGAACUGUAUAUUGGAGAAUUAAUAAACUUCCCUCAGUCGUCUUACUACCUGGAUUUUAUCGAACCGGAUGUGUAUAAGCUGUUCCUGUACAAGCCUCCGGAAUUCGCAACAGUAUGCGAUAAUAUUCUGCUUCAAAACUGUGAGUUUGAUGUCAAAAAGUGCAUGAAUUUCCCGAAAAUCUGCCAUGCGGCUACGGGAAGAGUGCAGCAUGUGCUGGAUGCCAAACUGUACUUUUCCUACGAGGACACCUUCUCGAUCAGCGUGAUUAGGUGGUCAUUCGGUUUCGUCGGAGCAGCGGAAGCGGAUUAUGCGGAGUCUGUUCUCCACAUGUUCGAAGUAUUUUGUCCCGAGCUGGAGAGCAGCAAGCUCGAACGACUGCUGGAUGGGUUAAACGCUUUCCCACUCCCCAAACAUGCGCCAGAAAAUUUACUAUGGGCGUUUCUGCGACUCUCCUUUAUGCUGUGGAACAGUCCGUCUCCCGGGACCAUUUCCGACAUUCGAGCAGCCCUUUUAACCGAGUCGCCACAGCGCAAACUGAUAACCCAGACUCUGUAUUUAUUGUCAUUCCUGCAGCGAUUCCAGUAAAAAAUGCAACCAAUUAUUCUAACGCUUUCUUCCCACUAAACCAAUGUUUGCAAAUGGUGUAUAAAGAUUUGGCGAUCUCGUAGAAAGCGACCCUGGGCGCCGCAACCUGUACGCAAAGAACAGCCAUGUUGGGUAUCAAUCUUUUAUUCUUAUUCGUUCGGUAAAUUCUGUUCUUAAUGCCAGUGCUAAGGUUUGUUUUCCAAUUUCGGCGCCUUAAGCUGAUUUAUAAUGUUUUUUUUAUCACUGUCCAUUUUUUUAUUGUGGCUGCUAAAAUUACUUUUACCGCGCUUAACCCAUGAUUCUUCUUCGAUGAUCCCAGCGGACAGAUGACGUUGCACCCAAAGCUUUCUUAUUCAUGGACGGUCCCCUUCAAGGACCUUAUCAUUCGCUUAAAGAU